ACAACAACAAAUAACCUAUGUUUAACAUUCAGUCACAGAUGAGUGAAAUUUAUUUCCCCUGUGAUUCAGUUCCCAAUUGUUGGCAACCCUGUCUCGAAUCCAAUUAAAAUUUCCAAAUUCCAAACAAUAACACAAAAAUGAAUGUUAGAGAGAGGCACAUUAGUGGACCAAAAAUGAAUUCAACAAACCUAUAUGUCACAACAACACGAAUAAUACUGAAAUCCGAUCCAAAUAAUUCGACUACAUGGCAAGAUUUGUAUAGACUGGUACCUUACUUGAGAAAUUCAUUAUGCUGUGUUGUAUGUUCAAAUUUAUUAGUAGAUCCUAUUUCUCCUACAGCAGCACAAUGUCGGCAUCAUCUGUGUAAAACGUGUAGAGGAGGUCGUAAAAAAAUCAAACCUGCUUGCCAGAGAUGUAAAGAUUGCGAAAACUAUUCCGAAAAUAAACGCUUACGAAUACUCCUGCAGUGUUACAAAAAAAUGUGCAUGUCCUUAAUAAACUCCCAGUUAUUCGAAAGUAUUUCUCGUCAAGCAUCACGACCGGGAAGUGGAUUUGAAAGAGGAGCUGAUAACCUUCUGAUGUUGAUUAAGGAGGGAGCGAUCUUCCAAGACGAUUAUAAAAGUUGUGGUGGUCUACCAAAGUCAACAUAUUCCAUUUUACCUUGCAUUUAUGCUAACUCGACACAAGUUCAAAGUGUUCAACCAGUAAAGAUAUUAAACAAAGAUGUUGUUUUAAACUCUAAUAGUCAAAACAGAACUUUUUAUUCAGUUUUGUGCCCUGGAAAGGGAAGUAAAAUAACAUUGAAGAGAAAGCUAAAAGAAGUGGGCAGUUCCUUGAAAGUACCACUAGCAAAUAACAGACUGAAGGAUAUAGACAAGGUAAUGGUUACCUUUCAUUCACUGUUGAAAAGAUUUAUGCAGAAUUUUAGGUCUUACUCAAGUAUUAUCUGUCAACAGCUUUAAUAGUUAUUUACUGUGUUAUUCCUUAGAUAUAGUCCAAGU